AUGUUUUGGGGUCAACUUGUUAAUAUAGGCCUUUUCCUUUCCCUUUCUAUAGGAGGGUACAGCCGAUUGGUCACUAUCCCAACUAUACCGUUCAAUGGAACGAACGGUAUCUAUUCCCUGGCUCAACUCACCAGUAUUGUGGUUGAUGCGCGCUAUGCCAAUGUUGUAGAUAAUGAUGGCGCAACCCAAAUCCCACCUACGUUGCAACAAUUCGCCGAGACUUUCCAGAAGGACCUCCAGUCCACAGUAGGGAUUGAUAUACCACUCACGUCUAGCAGGACGGCCGCGGUAAAUUCAAUCUUCUUCACAUUUACGAAUGACACGGGAUUCCAUGAUGCUGCCGGGAGAUAUACCUCAGAAGCAUAUACCCUAACAAUAAACGAAAAUGGCGUGAAAAUCGCUGGAGCCAGUCCACUAGGUGUUUGGUGGGGAUCGCGGUCAUUGAUUCAGGCGGCAGUCGUCAGUGGCGACACCCUUCCUCAAGGAUCUGCAGUGGAUGCGCCUGGGUGGGCUAAUAGAGGCAUCAUGUUGGAUGCUGGGCGCCACUUUUACCCCCCUGAAUUUCUGAUCGAAAUGUGCGCAUUCCUAUCCUUUUUCAAACAGAAUGCAUUUCACGUACAUUUGAGCGACAAUCUCUACAACAACGUAGAUCGGUAUUCCGCUCAGCAGUCGAUGGAUCUGUAUGCAGCAUUCCGCCUAUGGUCGGAGGAUCCUGCGGUAGCUGGACUGAAUAAACGGGCCAAUGAAUCAUAUACCAAGGAGCAAUUCGACAACGUCCAACAACAGUGUGCCCGGCGGGGUGUCACUAUUAUUCCUGAGAUCGAAGCUCCAGGUCAUGCGCUGGUCAUCACCCAGUGGCGGCCUGAGCUAGCCCUUGACGAUCUCAGCAUGCUUAACAUUACCCAUCCAAACACUAUUCCUACUAUGAAGGCCAUUUGGAAGGCUUUCUUGCCCUGGUUCCACAGCAAAACCGUUCACAUAGGUGCAGACGAAUAUGAAAAAGAUCUAGUGGCAGAUUAUACAUCUUUUGUUAAUACGAUGCGGGACUAUAUCUUCAAAGAAUCAGGCAAGGGCAUGAGAAUCUGGGGCACCUUCAAACCAUCACAGGGUGCCAAUGUUUCCACGGACGUCUCCAUCCAGCAUUGGGAGUUCUUCGAGGAUAAUCCUUACUUCGACUAUAUCAAGAAUGGAUAUAAUGUGCUCAAUUCGGACGAUGCGUUCUACAUUGUAGGCAAGUGGUCCGGUAGCUACCCAUCCACGCUGAACAAGACUCGUGUGUUCUAUGGAAAUCCCGCCGGCGGGGCUUAUUCUCCCAAUGUCUUCGACACCAAGAAUGCCACCAACAACCCUCCUCGGAAUGACCCUCACAUCCUCGGCCACAUUGCGGCUCUAUGGAACGACUAUGGUCCAAAUUCUACUACGGUCCUUGAAACAUAUUAUUCGUGGAGGGAUACACUUCCUGCCCUGGCCGACAAACAAUGGGGCGGAAGCAUUCUAGAGGAGGAAUAUGAUGCAGUAUUUGACAAGAUUCACGCCGCAAUCCCUGGACAAAACUUAGAUCGUCGUGUACAGAGUCACACUGAUACCGUACUACAUUACAAAUUCGACAAGGACACCGAGGCCGUCGUUGACCAUUCUGGAAACGGCUAUGAUGGAAUCAUACGAGGAUGCCACGUCCAAAACUCCACUCUCCUACUUUCCAACGGCUGCUAUGUGAACACCCCACUAGGUAGCAAAGGGAGAGACUACACUCUAUCAUUCUGGGUGAACCCCACAUCACAAACCCCCGGCACCCUCUUUGCGGGACCCGACUCGGCCCUUCUAAACGGAAACGGGUCGAUUAGCAAUAUAACUCUGAUAAGCGGUGGCAACCCAUACUCACUCAACUACAGUCUUCCUCUUAAUACGUGGACCCAAGAUCUACAAGUAUGGAGUUUCUUGCGCGUCUGGGGAUCAAUGGCGAAAGCCAAGUUUGGGCUCCAAUUGGAAUCGAAGCUCCACUAG